AUGGUGGUAGUCACGGGGCGGGAGCCAGACAGCCGUCGCCCGGACGGUGCCAUGUCCAGCUCCGACGCCGAGGACGACUUUCUGGAGCCGGCCACCCCGACGGCCACGCACUCGGGGCACGCGCUGCCCCUGCUGCCCCAAGAGUUUCCUGAGGUUGUUCCCCUUAACAUUGGAGGGGCUCACUUCACCACACGCCUGUCCACCCUGCGGCGCUACGAGGACACCAUGUUGGCGGCCAUGUUCAGCGGGCGGCACUACAUCCCCACCGACGCCGAGGGCCGGUACUUCAUCGACCGGGACGGCACGCACUUCGGAGACGUGCUGAACUUCCUGCGCUCCGGGGACCUGCCGCCCCGGGAGCGAGUGCAGGCUGUGCACAAGGAGGCCCAGUACUACGCCAUCGGGCCCCUCCUAGAGCAGCUGGAGAACAUGCAGCCCCUGAAGGGGGAGAAAGUGCGUCAGGCGUUCCUGGGACUCAUGCCCUAUUACAAAGACCAUUUGGAGCGGAUUGUGGAGAUUGCCCGGCUGCGCGCAGUCCAGCGGAAGGCCCGCUUCGCCAAGCUCAAGGUCUGCGUCUUCAAGGAGGAGAUGCCCAUCACCCCCUACGAGUGUCCACUCCUCAACUCUCUGCGCUUCGAACGGAGUGAGAGUGACGGGCAGCUCUUUGAGCACCACUGUGAAGUGGACGUGUCCUUCGGGCCCUGGGAGGCUGUGGCUGAUGUGUAUGACCUGCUGCACUGCCUGGUCACGGACCUGAAAGCCCAGGGCCUUGUCGUGGACCACCAGUGCAUUGGGGUGUGUGACAAACACCUCAUCAACCACUACUACUGCAAGCGCCCCAUCUAUGAGUUCAAGAUCACGUGGUGGAAGAAAAUGAGCCUUAAGUCUGAACGCAGAGGAAUUCAUGUGGACCAAUCAGAACUCCUGUGCAAGAAAGGAUGUGGUUACUAUGGCAACCCUGCUUGGCAGGGCUUCUGUUCCAAAUGCUGGAGGGAAGAGUACCACAAAGCCAGGCAGAAGCAGAUUCAGGAGGAUUGGGAACUGGCAGAGCGACUACAGCGGGAGGAAGAAGAGGCCUUUGCCAGCAGUCAGACCAGCCAAGGGGCUCAGUCCCUCACAUUUUCCAAGUUUGAAGAAAAGAAAACCAAUGAGAAGACUCGCAAGGUUACCACAGUGAAAAAGUUCUUUAGUGCUUCAUCCAGAGUUGGAUCAAAGAAGGCAGAAAUCCAGGAAGCAAAAGCUCCCAGUCCUUCCAUAAACCGGCAAACCAGCAUGGAAACGGAUAGAGUGUCUAAAGAGUUCAUAGAAUUUCUCAAGACCUUCCACAAGACAGGCCAAGAAAUCUAUAAGCAGACCAAGAUGUUUUUGGAAGCAAUGCAUUACAAAAGGGAUUUAAGCAUUGAGGAACAGUCAGAGUGCACUCAGGAUUUUUACCAGAAUGUGGCUGAAAGAAUGCAGACUCGUGGGAAAGUGCCUCCUGAAAGAGUUGAGAAGAUAAUGGAUCAGAUUGAAAAGUACAUCAUGACUCGUCUCUAUAAGUAUGUGUUCUGUCCAGAAACUACUGAUGAUGAGAAGAAAGAUCUUGCUGUUCAGAAGAGGAUCAGAGCCCUGCAUUGGGUUACACCUCAGAUGCUUUGUGUCCCUGUUAAUGAAGAAAUUCCCGAAGUGUCUGAUAUGGUGGUGAAAGCAAUUACAGAUAUUAUUGAAAUGGAUUCAAAGCGUGUACCUAGAGAUAAGUUGGCCUGCAUCACCAAGUGCAGCAAGCAUAUCUUCAAUGCCAUCAAGGUCACCAAGGAUGAGCCAGCUUCAGCCGAUGACUUCUUACCCACUCUCAUCUACAUUGUUUUGAAGGGUAAUCCUCCACGCCUUCAGUCUAAUAUUCAGUAUAUCACCCGCUUCUGCAACCCAAGCCGAUUAAUGUCUGGAGAGGAUGGCUACUAUUUCACCAAUUUGUGCUGUGCUGUGACUUUCAUUGAGAAGUUAGACGCUCAGUCUUUGAAUUUAAGUCAGGAAGACUUUGAUCGAUACAUGUCUGGCCAGACUUCUCCCAGAAAGCAAGAAUCUGAGAAUUGGUCUCCUGACGCUUGUUUAGGUGUUAAGCAAAUGUAUAAGAACUUGGAUCUCCUGUCUCAAUUGAAUGAACGGCAGGAAAGAAUUAUGAAUGAAGCCAAGAAACUUGAAAAAGACCUAAUAGAUUGGACAGAUGGAAUUGCAAAAAAGGUUCAAGACAUUGUUGAGAAAUGUCCACUUGAAAUUAAGCCCCCAAAUCAGUCUUUAGCAGCUAUUGACUCUGAAAAUGUUGAAAAUGAUAAACUUCCUCCACCAUUGCAACCUCAAGUUUAUGCAGGAUGA